AUGUCCACGCACCCUGCUUCAUCUUCACCAUAUGCAAUGCCUACCAUGCCACCAUCAAGCACGCACUACACAACAAACAAUCGUGCCGCUGCACCAUCACAGCCCUACCCCCCAAAUGUUGCUGUCAGUCCAUACAAUCAACAACAACAGCAACAACAACAGAUGUAUCCACCACAAGAGUACCCCAUGCGCCAGCCGGCUCAUUCGCCGAAUCAGAUGUACUCUCCAGCGGGACCUUCGCGCAGCCAUACAACACCGAACGUCACGCAGCCAUACGUCAUUGAUGGGCAAAUAGCACCAACAGCGCAAUACCCAACAUCCCCUGCAGUGCAAUACCCAGCAUCCCCUACACGACCAUUCUCCUGCGACAUGUGUGCCCUGUCGUUUAAUCGGCAACAUGAUUUGAAGCGACACAGAGACACACACUCGGGAGAGAAACCGUUUUUGUGCAACGGAGGCUGUGGAAAGACAUUCACAAGGAAAGAUGCACUGAAAAGGCACCAGCUUGUGAAGCAUUGUGGAUAUGACGAAGAUGCAAAUUGA